UCUCUGCUCCUCCAGCCCCUCUCUCCUCUCAGGAUCAUGAAGGUCUCUCUGGCUGCCCUCUCCAUCCUCCUGCUCAUAGCCUUCAGCUCCCUGGCUUCUUCAGCACCAAUGGGCUCUGACCCUCCCAUCUCCUGCUGCUUCUCCUAUGUUCGUCAACAGAUAAACAGAAAAUUUGUGGCAGACUAUUAUGAGACCAGCAGCCUGUGUUCCCAGCCAGGUGUGGUAUUCCAGAUGAAAAAAGGCAAGCAGGUGUGUGCCAACCCCAGUGAGACCUGGGUUCAGAGCUAUGUGGAAGACCUGGAGCUGAACUGAGGGGCUCAGUAGCCCUGCAGAAUU